AUGACGUCUUUAAAAGUCUUCACGCAGGCGCUCAUGGACAAGAAGAAAGAGAUCGUACUCUUCUCUGCCACGGCGAUCGCCCUCUAUGGCUAUGACCAGGGUAUGAUGUCCCUCAUCAACACCAAUUAUAACUAUCUGGACACUAUGGGCAUCGAUGGGGAAGAUCCCCUCGUUGGUGUCAUCGUCUCAGUCUACUACCUCGGCUGUGCAGUCGGAGCUGUGUUCGCCAGCCUGUUGGCAGACAUGGGAGGCAGAAAGCCCAGUAUCUUUGCUUGUUUGGCAGUAACCUCUUUGGGCAACCUGUUUAUGUUCGUUGCGGGCCUGGGCUACAGCAGAGGUGCAAUGACUAUGAUGUUUUUGGGACGCAUCAUCAUGGGCUUAGGCGUUGGUGGUAUCGAUGCUGUCAUUCCGGUCUACUCUUCAGAAUUGAAUUCCGAGGGUGGACGAGGAGAAGCUUUGGCAAAGGAAUUCCAGUCGAACAUCUUCGGUCUGAACAUGGCCUUCGCCAUCAACCUUGGUGUCACCAGUAGCCUCGGGAAGGACAAUCAAUGGGCUUGGCGUAUACCCAUCAUUGCUAUGCAGAUUUACCCUGUCCUCCUACUAUCCUUCAUAUACCGCCUCCCGGAAACACCCCGAUGGUUCAUCUUUCAUGAACGAGAAGAGGACGCCAAAUCGGCCCUGACUGACAUAUAUGGAGAAGACGAUAUGAAGGGCAAAUUUGAUGAGCUCAAGCAGGCCCAUGAUGACGAAUCGAGUCACUCCAUCGGCUACAAUGAUAUGAUCUGGCCUGGAAGCAGUCAAUUCCACCCGACAAUGGUGACUGUCAUGGGCCAAGUUAACCAGGCAUUGACAGGAUAUGGCGCCGUCAGUGUCUACGGUCCGCAAAUCUUUGAACUCCUGGGCUUAGGCGUUACCGUUUCGGAAUACCUCACCCAAGGCAACUACAUCUCCUACUUCUUCCUGAUGACAUUGGCCUGGCUACUUAUCGAUCGUGUGGGCAGGCGCGUAAUGAUGGUUGGGGGAGCCUUUGGAAUGGCGACUUCCUUCUUGAUCCUCACCUUGCUCGGUGGUCUGGCACAAAACGCCGACAAACUUAAUAUACCUGACAUGCCGAUUGCCAUCGUGGGCAGCGUCAUUCUAUACAUAGCAACGGGGAUUUUUGGCAUUGGCUGGCUGUCUCAGCCCUGGCUGAUUCCGACGGAGAUUUUCCCCUCAACGUCCCGCGCUCAAGGCUCCGCAAUUUCGGUCAUCACCUGGGGACUUGCCAACUUUGCGGUGACCCUGCUUACACCUAUUGGCUUCAACAAUUUGAGUUACUGGCUUUUCUUGGUGUUUGCAGUCACAAACCUCUUCGCCGCGUGGUGGACAUGGUUAUACUGUCCAGAGACCGGCGGCAGAUCCUUCGAAGAGAACCAAGCUUUCUUUGAAGAUGCUAAGGAGCACGGAACUUGGAGUGUAUUGAAAGUGGGCAAAGGUGACUACCGUGGAAUGCCUAAAGCAGCACCGGUCAUCUACCCAGACAUCCUCUUCGACGGACCAUCUGGAGUUGUCCACGAUCCCAGUUUGCCCGGCAUUAUUCCAGACUCACCCCACAAUGACAUAAUCUAUUACCAUCUCAACGCCGUCACCAUGGGGCAAUGUACUCCAGAAAUGACUAUAGUCUACGACGAGUUAAUUGUCCAAUACUUUGAUCUACUAUCCCUCUUUUACGGUCGCGCUCUCAGAACCGAAGAGACAGUGGCCACAAAAGCUAUCAGGACAGAUCUCCGCUUCCUGCACUUCAAUGACGUCUAUCACAUUGAAUCUGGUUCGGCGGAGCCAGUUGGAGGAAUAUCACGCUUCCAGACUGUGGCGAACCACUACCGCUCACAUCUGCAAUAUGCGAACCUGCCAGGACUUUUGACGCUAUUCUCUGGAGACGCCUUCAAUCCCAGCCUCGAGAGCUCAGUGACUAAAGGUAGGCAUAUGGUGCCUGUUCUCAACAAUCUGAAGACAGCUGUGGCGUGCGUGGGUAAUCAUGACUUAGACUUUGGUGUGGCUCAAUUCAGGCACUUGAAAAACCAGUGCAAUUUUCCUUGGCUACUGGCAAAUGUAUUGGAUCCUGGUCUAGGAGAAAACCAGGCUUUAGGAGGCUGCGAUAAAACCGUAUUAUUGGAAGCUUCCAAUGGUAUCAAGAUUGGUGUUGUUGGACUUGGAGAGCGGGAAUGGCUGGACACCAUCAACUCCCUACCUUCAAACCUGAACUACAAGUCUGCAAGCGAAACCGCAAAAGAACUAAUACCGGAACUUCGCGCCCAAGGCGCACAGAUUAUCAUCGCUCUAACUCACGCCCGAGAGCCUAGCGACAUCAAGCUAGCAGAAAGGACACCACCAGGCCUAAUCGACUUGGUCCUAGGAGGCCAUGAUCACUUCUAUGCGCAUCAAAUCAUCAACGACACCCACGUCCUCAGAUCAGGUACCGACUUCAAGCAGCUCAGCUACAUAGAAGCGCGCCGAAAAGCAAACGAUCAGCCAGGCUGGGACUUUGAUAUCAUCCGCCGCGACAUCACCCGUGCGAUUACGGAAGACAAAGCCACAAUCCAGCUUGUUGACAAGCUGACGUCGAGCCUGAGGCACAAGCUUGAGAAACCAAUCGGAUACACAGCCGUGCCACUGGAUGGCCGCUUUACCACUGUUAGAACGAAGGAGAGCAAUUUAGGCAACUUCGUCUGCGACCUGAUGCGGCACUACUACGAUGCAGAUUGCGCCCUCAUGGCCGCCGGCACCGUCCGUGGCGAUCAGAUAUACCCACCUGGCGUCUUACUUUUAAAAGACAUACUCAACUGCUUUCCCUUCGAGGAUCCAGUCGUCGUCCUGCGGAUCAACGGCAAAGCGAUACUCGAAGCGCUCGAGAAUUCUGUCCGUCUAGUCCCGGCGCUCGAAGGUCGAUUCCCGCAAGUCUCGAAUAUCCACUUCGCAUACAACCCAAACCUAGCUCCGGGAUCCAGGGUCACAUGGACGAAAAUCCAUGGGGAGCCUUUAGUCCUCGACAAGUCAUACACCAUGGCGACGAGGGGCUACAUGGGCCGUGGCAAAGACGGCUAUGACUCUCUCCUUGUUCGCAGCGAAGGCGGCGAGGCUGAAGAGAUCGUCUCCGAAGAGAACGGCAUACUAAUCAGUAUGGUGCUCAGGCAGUAUUUCAUGUCUCUUAAAGUUCUCGGAAAAUGGGCACGCUGGUCAGCCAGUCUGCAUCGCCACUGGGGCGGCGUGCACGACCGUCUCCACGCUGGCGGCAAAGUGCAUGAGCCCAGUACACUCAAGAACGGAACCAAGCAUAAUCGCACUGGCAUUGUACGAGCCUACGCCGAAAAAGCUAAGACGGACGUUGACGGCAGACUCGUGGAUAGCGAUACCGAUGACGAGAAAGACCACCAUUAUGAUGGCCUAGCAUCAAGUGUCGGUAGUGUCGGAAGUGUGGAAGAGAAGAAGGGGAGGGAGAUGCAUAUUGCCAGAGUCUAUACAAGGAGAUGGAUGGACCUGGCGGGGAUAGAGAGGAGGGACGUCGGAAUGGUAGGAGAGAAGACUGGAGAGUGGGACUUGCCUCAUUGGACUAAAGGCAUUGCACCCAGGGUGGAGGGGAGGAUCGUUGUUGAAGGUGACAAUGAUGGUGUGGGCGGAGGUGGAAGCCAUGGAGCAUAA